UGUUACCACACAUACACACAGACACACACACAAUUUGGCUUAUUAUUUAACACGCACACAUCCAAAAUGGCAUUGGACAACACCGGCUUCUCCUCAUGCCCUGAAGAGUCCUUGUCCCUCCCUGUUCCUGAGAAAGGGGAGGAGCCUGUGGAGGAGGCCCCAAAGGAAGCCCCGCCCACUGAAGAACAGAAUACUACUUCUGAGGAACUGGGGCACGUGGUAACCACGGAGACAGCCCCACCCACACAGGCUCCAUCCAAUAACAGCAUGUCCUUCCAGGACAAGAUGGCUGCAAGGGAAGCCCAGGCCAAUCAGCACAGGAAGAAAAUUCAAGGGGCGGGGCAAGAGAGGGGCAAGUUCGGAUGGGCGCGCAGCAGACGUAAGAGGCAGCGUUAUGUGGAGAAGAACGGCCGCUGUAAUGUGCAGCACGGUAACAUGCGUGAGACUUACCGCUAUCUGACGGAUAUCUUCACUACCCUGGUGGAUCUGAACUGGCGCUGCUCUCUGCUUGUGUUUGUCAUGGCAUAUGCCGUCACUUGGCUCUUCUUUGGAGCAAUAUGGUACCUCAUUGCAUACUGCAGAGGUGAUCUAGAUCAUUUGGAGGACGAGUCUUGGACUCCGUGUGUGAAUAACGUUAAUGGCUUCAUCUCUGCAUUCCUGUUCUCUAUUGAAACGGAGACGACCAUCGGUUAUGGUCAUCGUGUCAUUACUGACCAGUGUCCGGUGGGAACCAUGUUGCUGCUGCUGCAGGCCAUACUGGGAUCCAUGGUCAACGCUUUCAUGGUUGGCUGUAUGUUUGUGAAGAUCUCCCAGCCGAACAAGCGUGCAGAGACUCUGGUGUUUUCUCGUAAUGCUGUCAUCUCACUACGCGAUGACAAGCUCUGUUUGAUGUUCCGCGUCGGAGACUUGAGGUCCUCCCACAUUGUGGGCGCCAACAUGAGAGCCAAACUUAUCAAAUCCAAACAGACACAAGAGGGUGAGUUUAUUCCGCUAGAUCAAACUGAUAUCAGUGUAGGCUUCGAGACAGGAGAUGAUCGUCUGUUUCUGGUGUCUCCUCUGGUGAUCUCUCAUGAAAUCGAUGUUCGCUCUCCGUUCUGGGACAUGUCACAAUCUCAGCUGGAGAAAGAGGACUUUGAGAUUGUUGUCAUCUUGGAGGGGAUGGUGGAAGCAACAGGUAUGACCUGUCAGGCGCGGAGCUCUUACCUGGCUGAAGAGGUCAUGUGGGGUCACAGGUUUAGUCCCAUGAUGUGUCUUGCCGAGGGAUUCUUUGACGUGGAUUAUGGGGCAUUUCACCACACGUUUGAGGUAGACACGCCCUCCUGCUCUGCAAGAGAGCUGGCAUUGGCUGCUGCCCGUUUGGAUGCUCAUCUUUAUUGGUCGAUCUCCAGUCGCCUUGAUGAAGAGAAAUGGGAGGGGCCUAAUCUGACUGAGCAAACAGGGAAAUCCACUGAUUCAGAAUCUGUCAAAGAGAGCGACGGGCCAACAUUUACUGUGGGCGGAGUUACAAAUACCCAGGACCAGUCGGUUGUAGGGGAGCAGAACGGCAGUGUCACCACUGACCAAUCUGAGUCUGAGGCUUAAAUGGAUUCAAGAAUGUAAAAGGUACGAAGGAGUCCACAGUUGAUGUAAAUUUAACUUUAGACUGGAUUGUUCUGCAGUCCAAGCCUUCUUCUUCAAGUUAGAUUUUUAAAUGUAUAGUCGCUAAUGCCUAGCAUAUAGAAUACUUUCCCCAAGGGGGAAAUCCUAGCGUCUCCUUGCUGUGUUUCAGUCUGAUUGAAUCUUAUCUUUUGAUGUUUCACAACAACACUGCCUUUGAAUUCACACAGUAGCUCUGUUUCAAACCCUAGUGAGCUCCCUUACUGUCUGCUUUCUGAGAUGACCUGUGACGGAAACAUAAAGUGUGUUAAAACAUGUCUGAAACAAACUAUCAUAGAUCCUAUUCACACCUAGUGUUAAGAUGUAUUUUCAAUAAUCCCAUCACAAGCGGAUCACUCUGGGUGGCAUAUUGAGUUAAUAUAAGGUAUCCAUCAUUUAUUUAUGAACAAUAUGAAACAAGGCAAUACACUUUAUAGUGACAUACAAUAAUUUGAUAAGAGUGCAUUUGAGAAUUAACUGAUUUUUCAUAAACAAAAGUCAUGCUUUAUAUUGAGGGCUUCGAAGA